AAGAAUGCUUCGUGGACAAAAUUCUCACUUAGUACGUUCAGACCAAAAGAGCGAUUUGACUGGUUUAACCGAUUCCAAAAUUAAUUAUCGACCGUGGUACCACUUCUCUUCAAUGUCCAUUAUGCACAAAUGUUUGUUAAUUAUGGCUGUAUGUUUUUCUUCUUUAAUGGUUGUUGCAAUUGUUGGUGAUAGUAAAGAGCAUAUUGAGCUGCCUAAUGUUACUAGUGGAUUUACUGAAGACGACAUCAGAAAACUUCUUUUCUCCUCGUUUGAUUCUAACAAAAUGACAGACACAUUGAGAAUGGUAACACAACAACCUCACCAGGCUGGUACAGAAGAGAAUAGGCGUGUUGGGCAAAAGUUGGCAGAAUUAUGGAAACAGAAUGGAUUGGAAAAGGUUCGAUUGAUGGAAUAUGAUGUUUUGCUUUCUUAUCCAAACUGGACAAAUCCAAAUAAAGUAACUGUUCUUGGGGAGGAUGGAAAAGUGUUGUUCCAAUCAACUGGCCUCAGUCCUGACUUGACACCUAAAAAUGAAGACUCCUCUUUAAAUCAAGAAGAUUCCUAUCGUGCUGCUAUACAAUGGCUGGCAUACAGUGCGAAUGGAACAACUGAAAGUGAACCUGUCUACUGUCAUUAUGGACAACCUAAGGAUUUUGAACGGUUGGAAAAGGAAUUUGGAAUUUCAAGUCUGCAUGGCAAAAUUGCAAUAAUUCGUUAUGGACUAGACUACCGUGGUGAUAAAGUAAAACAUGCAGCCGCAAGGGGUGCUGGUGCUGUUAUAAUAUUUUCUGAUCCUGUAGAAGUUGCUGGGCAAGGGCCUGAAGCGGGUAAAAGAAAUUUAGAAUUUUUUUAAUUUUUGAAAAAGUCUUUCCUCAAACUGAUUUACUUCCACCGAAUGGGGUACAACGUGGUUCUAUACUCGAAAAAGAUGGAGAUGUGUUAUCUGG